AUGAACCGCGUGGACCGUAUCCGCUCGCACGUGGUCCAGGGAUCGCCCUCCCCCGCCACCCCACGUCCACAAGAUGGGUACGACAACGAGGAGGACGUCGUGAUCGUGUCGGCAGUGCGCACGCCCAUCACAAAAGCCCGUCGCGGUGCGUUCAAAGACACGACGCCCGACGUCUUACUGAGUCACGUGUUCCAGGCCGUGUUGCAACAGGCCGACGUCGCGCCUCAUCUCGUGGGCGACGUUGUGGUCGGGAACGUUCUGCAGCCAGGCGCUGGCGCUGCCAUGGCCCGUAUGGCCCAACUGGCUGCGGGGAUCCCGCACACUGUUCCACUGCACGUCGUGAAUCGCCAAUGCAGUUCGGGUCUGCAGGCCGUUGCGACUGUCGUAGCUGCUAUCAAAGCUAAGUACUACGACAUUGGCAUUGCUGCUGGGGUCGAGUGCAUGUCACGUGCUGACAAUAGCACAAAAGAGAUCGUCUCCAGUGUCAAUUGGACACACAUUGGUGCUGUACAGGACGCGGCGGACUGCACUGUGCCCAUGGGCAUCACAAGCGAGAACGUAGCCGAGGCGUACGGCAUCACGCGGGAUCAACAGGACGAGCUUGCGGCACAGUCGCACGCCAAAGCGGCCACGGCCCGGGCUAACGGCUGGUUCAAGGACGAGAUCACGUCCGUGGCGACAAGCAUCAAGGACAAGGACGGCCACGACCAGUCGAUCGUUGUGUCUCAAGACGACGGCAUUCGUGCCGACACGACAGCAGAGAAACUGGCGAAACUGCGUCCAGCAUUCAAGGAAGGUGGCUCCACGACAGCCGGCAACUCGAGCCAAGUGAGCGACGGCGCUGCUGCCGUGCUUCUUGUGCGUCGCACCGUGGCCAAAACAAUGGGGCUGCCGAUCCUUGGCCGCUUUGUCUCGUACGCUGUGGUAGGUGUGCCACCUGCUCUGAUGGGCAUUGGACCGGCAUUUGCCAUCCCCGAAGCCCUGCAGAAGGCUGGCUUGACGCAGGACGAGAUUGAUGUGUUUGAGAUCAAUGAGGCGUUUGCAAGUCAGGCGUCGUACUGCAUUGAGAAACUCGGCAUCCCGAUGGACAGAGUGAAUCCCAAGGGUGGCGCAAUCGCACUUGGCCACCCUCUAGGCUGCACCGGUGCUCGCCAGGUAUCGACGCUCCUGUAUCAGCUCAAGCGAAAGAACCAGCGCUACGGAGUCAUUUCCAUGUGCAUCGGCACGGGUAUGGGUGCUGCUGCGGUCUUCGAGCGCGAGAUGUAG